AUGGGGAAUUCAUAUGCAGGGCAACUGAAAUCUGCCCGUUUUGAAGAAGCCCUUCACAACUCCAUAGAAGCCUCUCUAAGAUGCAGUAGCGUUGUCCCUAGGCCCAUUUUCUCACAACUCUACCUUGAUCCUGAGCAGCCUUCCUUCUCACUGGAAGGUAAUCAAGCAGAUGUAAAACCAAAAGUGGAAGAGCUGGACAAAGAACUGAUACAUCGUUACACCCAGAAUGGAAGCUUGGAUUUUUCUUCGAGCCAAACUGUUAAUGAGAUGGAUGAAGAUGAGGAUGAUGAAGAUAUGUCUGAUUCCAGUAGCCCACCAAUCCCAUAUGCACAAAAACCUGCCCCAGAAGGGUCUUGCACUACUGAUGGUUUUUGUCAAGCAGGCAAGGAUUUGAGGUUAAUAUCCCUGUGUAUGGAACAGAUUGAUAUCCCACCAGGAUUCCUUUUGGUAGGAGCCAAAUCUCCAAAUCUUCCUGAGCAUAUUCUUGUCUGUGCUGUUGACAAGAGGUUUUUGCCAGAUGACCAUGGGAAAAAUGCACUUUUAGGUUUUUCUGGAAACUGUAUAGGCUGUGGAGAAAAAGGAUUUCGAUAUUUCACUGAAUUUUCCAACCACAUUAACCUGAAGCUUACCACUCAGCCAAAGAAGCAGAAGCACUUAAAGUACUACCUAAUAAGAAGCGCCCAAGGUGUGCUGUCAAAGGGACCUCUAAUAUGCUGGAAAGAAUGUAGAAGCAGGCAAUCAUCUGCUGUUAGCCAUUCUGCUAAACCUAAUCCUUCAGCAUCUCCAUCCACGACCCCUGAGAGUGGAGCAGCCAAUGGAUACAAGACAGGGUUCACUCAGACAGACUCCUCAAUAUUCAGUCCAGCACAAUCUUCCUCUGCUGUUAAUUUAAGUGGAACACGAGAUUUGUCAAGGGAUAAGAACAUAGUGAAACCAAUUGCUUUGCCUGUGCAACCUGUAGGAAAGACAUUUGCAACAGGUCCACUCCCUCUGCGUCCUGGUGAUGUUGGUAGUGGAAACAACAACGGAGGACGAACUAGUGUCAUGAACUCUACAGUCUCUCGUCCAGUUCCUCACUCAAUGUCUCCUGGCCCUAGCGGCAUGUCUGGAGAACAAGGUGAAAAGACAUCCAUGACAAGUUCUGGGCCCCCAAAGAAACGACAUCGGGGAUGGUCUCCCGGAUCACCAGUCCCUCCUCCUGGCUUAGUUCUCCCUGUUCCUGCUAUUCGGCCUCUUCCAAGAACAGUUCCAGUUCCUCAAUCAAUGUUACCUGGAAUUUUACAGCCUCAACCAAUCCCGGCAGGGGAAACUGUAAUAGUUCCUGAAAAUCUGCUGAAUAACUCAGGAGUCAGACCAGUGAUUCUGAUAGGUUAUGGCACUUUACCCUAUUUCUAUGGGAAUGUUGGAGACAUUGUAGUAAGUCCUUUACUAGUGAAUUGCUACAAAAUUCCACAGCUGGACAACAAGGAUUUGGAUCUUUUCGGUUUGACGGGGAGUCAGUUACUAAGUGUGGAGAACAUGAUUAUUUUAACAAUACAGUAUCUUGUCCGAUUAGGUCCUGAUAAGAUACCUCUCAGGGAAGAAUUUGAACAGAUCAUGCUGAAAGCUAUGCAGGAAUUCACUGUGAGAGAGCAGUCCUUACAAAUGAGUGCUCAGUACAUCUCCUUGUCACCAGCUCAACUCCCGUGGCUUGCCAGGUUAAUUGCCAGUGUCUCCCAGGACAUGGUGCAUGUGAUAGUUACUCAAAAUUCGCUCGCUGAAGGCAUUUCAGAAACAUUGCGAUCUCUGACUGAAAUGAAACGCCAGCAGAAACUUCCAGAUUAUGUGGUUGCCAUCUGCACAUCAAAGAUCAGAGGAAAUGAGUUCUGUGUAGUAGUGUUAGGUCAAUAUCAGUCUAGGGCGCUGGCUGAGAGCAUGCUUACUACCAGCGAGUUUUUAAAAGAGAUCAGUUACGAACUCAUUACUGGAAAAGUUAGUUUUCUGGCAUCGCAUUUCAAAAAUACAUCUUUGGGUGAUGAAUUAGACAAGUUGCUGGAGACAAUGCAACAAAGAAGAGGAGAUAAUGUUGUAAUCCCAUUCAAUGGUGAUGUUAAUGAGUGUAUUUCAUCUCAAGAAGCAGCUGACAUGGUUUCCACUCAAGAACUAGAUUUUGAAACUGAAACCUUCCAGAUUUACCAACCACAGCUCACAGUUGCCAGAAAGCUCUUGUCACAGGUCUGUGCUAUAGCAGAUAGUGGCAACCAAAGCCUGGAUCUGGGCCAUUUCAGCAAAGUGGAUUUCAUUGUUGUAGUCCCUCGUUCAGAGGUGCUGGUUCAACAAACCAUUCAACGGAUUCGACAAUCAGGUGUUCUUGUAGACUUGGGCCUUGAAGAAAAUGGAGCAGCUUACCAAAAAGCUGAAAAAUAUGUGGUGCGGCUAGACAAUGAGAUUCAAACCAAGUUUGAAAUUUUUAUGAAGCGGGUGAAGCAGAAUCCAUAUACUCUCUUUGUGCUUGUUCAUGACAAUGCUCAUGUGGAUUUAACAAGCGCGAUCUCAAGCUCUUUAUCUCAUGGGGAGCCCAGCCAUGGACUUGCUGAUAGAGUAAUUAAUUGUAGAGAAGUUCUUGAAGCCUUCAACCUCCUUGUCCUUCAAGUGAGUUCUUUUCCAUAUGCUCUUCAAACUCUGCAGUCUAGAAUCAGCUCUUCCAAUGAGGUACACUGGAUACAGUUUAGUAACAUGGAGGACUUAGGCCGAGAUGAGAAACUGUAUUUUGGCUUGAGCGAAUAUGGCAAAUCUUUGCAGUGGGGAAUAACAAGCCCUCUUCUGAGAUGUGAUGAAACCUUUGAAAAAAUGGUCCAUACGCUCUUAGAGAGGUACCCCAGGCUGCACAGCAUGGUGAUUCGCUGCUAUCUGCUUAUUCAGCAGUAUUUGGAAGCCUUGAUGGCUCUCACUACCAUGGCCUCACUAAGAGACCACAGCACACCUGAGACACUCAGCAUAAUGGAUGACAUCAUCACUUCACCUGGCAAGGAUAAGAGUGGUCGUGGUCACAUGCUUGUCAUCAGGAUUCCCUCAGUGCAGCUGGCAAUGCUGGCCAAAGAGAGGCUGCAAGAAGCGCGAGAUAAACUAGGCCUGCAGUAUCGUUUUGAGAUCAUCCUGGGCAACCCAGCUUCAGAACUUGCCGUUGCCAAGCACUUUGUGAAACGAUUAAAGGCAUGGAGAGGAAAUGACCAGGAGGACUGGUUUCCUCAUACGUACCAGGAUUUAGAAGGUCUGCCUUGUAUCGUUGUUUUAACUGGCAAGGAUCCACUUGGGGAAACUUUUCCCAGGUCCUUGAAAUAUUGUGAUCUUCGACUGAUUGACUCAAGCUAUUUAACUCGUACUGCCUUAGAGCAAGAAGUGGGCCUGGCAUGCUGCUAUGUUUCAAAAGAGGCCAUCCGAGGGCCCAUUGUGGCUCUUGACCUUAGUGAGAAAGAACAGGAGAAGGCCAGUGUUAUUGAGAAUGAUGCUGAUGAGCUGUUAAUUGACCUGGAGAGACCUCAGAGUAACAGCAGUGCUGUGACUGGAACUUCAGGUUCUAUAGCUGAAAAUGGUGUGAGCUCCUCCAGUGCCACAGACAAGUCUCAGAAGCCACCAGCAUCCCUUAACUUCCAGAAUGUGGUCAACAGCUCAGUCGAUGAAGGCUUCACUGCUGGGGAGACCUUGAAGCAAGAAUGUGACUCUCUUGGCAACCAGAUAGCAAGCAGUACUACUUCUAAAUUGUCAGCAUCAUCCUUCUCCAUCAGCCAGACAUUCCGGUUGCCUAGCCAGUCUGUGAAAGAGUGCAAGGGCUUGCAUGUGGCCUUACCUCGGGUUGUCAUCUUAUCUAAAGCUGCCUAUUGCCUCCUUGGCUCACAGAAAAGUGGGCAGCCGCUUUCUUCCUCUUCUCUCUCGCCUCAUGCUGAUGUGUCUUGGACGAGCUCUCUGAGGCCCUUGCUGCACAAGGACAUGACCAGCGAAGAGCAGUCUUUGUACUACAGGCAGUGGACUGCAGCUCGCCAGCACCAUGCAGACUAUGGCAAUCAGAGCGAAACUGCCAACGGGAGGAGCUUUCACCCACGACGGCUACUUCUGACAGGACCUCCUCAGGUAGGAAAAACUGGCUCUUACUUGCAAUUCCUACGAAUACUCUUUCGCAUGCUGAUCCGGUUACUGGAGGUGGAUGUGUACGAUGAGGAGGCCAUUAAUACUAAUUAUACCGAGGACAAUGAAAUUGCACAGUCCAACACUGAUCAGUGGCCUGAUGUUGAAAUCAUCAGUAAAACUGCUUUUGAUCUCAGCAUACAUGAUCCAAAGUAUGUCUUCAUGAGCCCUGUAUAUACGGAGCAAUUGCAAAGAAUAAAGCAAGAGCCAAACAAAGAAACCAAAACUGAUGACUCCAGAAAACGGAAUACUGUAUCUAUGAUGUUGACUAAAUAUGCAGCUUAUAAUACAUUUCAUCACUGUGAACAAUGCCAUCAGUACAUGGAUAUAAAUCCUUCAGUCCAGAUGUCUGACUCCACGCUACAUGCAUUUACGUUCUCGUCCUCAAUGUUAGGAGAAGAGAUUCAGCUUCAUUUUAUAAUCCCUAAGUCCAAAGAGAGCUAUUUUGUCUUCAGCAAGCAGGGCAAGCACCUGGAAAGCAUGCGUCUUCCUCUUGUAUCUGAUAAGAAUGUGAAUGCAGUGAAAAGUCCUAUUUUCACUCCUUCAAGUGGACGCCAUGAACAUGGCCUCUUGAAUCUGUACCAUGCUAUGGAAGGUGUGAACCACCUCCAUCUCCUAGUGGUGAAGGAAUAUGAAAUGCCACUGUACCGCAAGUAUUGGCCCAAUCACAUCAUGCUGGUUUUGCCAGGCAUAUUCAACAAUGCUGGAGUUGGUGCAGCCAGAUUCCUUAUUAAGGAGCUUUCUUACCAUAACCUGGAACUGGAGAGGAACCGACUAGAAGAGCUGGGGGUCAAGCGUCAGUGUGUCUGGCCUUUCAUUGUUGUUAUGGAUGACUCUUGUGUUUUAUGGAACUGCCAUAGUAUCCCAGAACAAUCCAGUCAGUCCAUGGAUCAAGGAACAACCAGUAAAAAUGUGUCUUUGAAAAGUGUCCUGCAGCACAUUGAAGCCACGCCAAAAAUUGUCCACUAUGCAAUACUAGGGAUUCAGAAGUGGAAGAGCAAACUGAAUUCCAGGCCACCAAAAGCUCCCUUCUCAAGGUGCCACAUCCAUGACUUCAUUCUGCUCAACAUAGAUCUGACUCAAAAUGUGCAAUAUGAUCUAAACAGGUAUUUCUGUGAAGAUGUAGACUUUAAUCUGAGAACAAACAGCAGUGGCCUGCUUAUUUGUUGCUUUAACAACUUCAGUCUCAUGAAGAAACACAUCCAGGUUGGAGGGCAAAAGGAUUUUGCUGUUAAGCCUAAAAUAAUGGUGUCAGAGAACUUGACUCCAGUAAUGCCUCUUCAAUAUGUCUGUGCUCCAGACAGUGAGCACACACUCCUGGCAGCUCCCGCUCAGUUCCUCUUAGAGAAGUUCCUUCAACAUGCCACAUAUAAGCUUUUCCCAAAGGCUAUCCAUAACUUCAGGAGCCCUGUCCUUGCUAUUGACUGCUACCUGAACAUUGGGCCAGAGGUAGCUCUCUGCUACAUCAGUUCACGACCACAUUCUGUUAAUGUCAACUCUGAAGGGGUAUUUUUUAGUGGACUUCUCCUAUACCUUUGUGACUCCUUUGUAGGCGCAGAUUUUCUUAAGAAGUUCAAAUUCCUGAAAGGUGCAACCCUGUGUGUAAUUUGCCAAGACAGGAGCUCUUUGCGUCAAACAAUAGUCCGUUUAGAGCUGGAAGAUGAAUGGCAGUUUCGUCUUAGAGAUGAAUUUCAAACUGCUAACAGCAGUGACGAUAAACCACUCUAUUUUCUUACUGGACGCCAUAUAUAA